AGUUCUGAAAAGCUACCAGACUCAGUGAGAGCCAAGGACUUUUCAUCUUUAGGGCAUUCUGACCACGUCCUGCUUCAGAGAGAUUGUUCCCGGCGUCUCAGUGCUAUGGGGAGCAGGUGCCUCCUGGUCCUGCUCUCAGGUCUCACUGUCCUACUGGCUCUGCCAGGGUCAGAAGCCAAGAAUUCUGGAGCUUCCUGUCCUCCAUGCCCUAAAUAUGGCAGCUGCCAUAACAGCACCCACUGUACUUGUGAAGAUGGCUUUCGGGCCAGGUCUGGCAGGACAUACUUUCCUGAUUCCUCUGAGAAGUGUGAAGAUAUUAAUGAAUGUGAAACCGGGCUGGCAAAGUGCAAGUAUAAAGCAUAUUGUAGAAAUAAAGUUGGAGGUUACAUCUGUAGCUGUUUGGUAAAAUAUACUUUAUUCAACUUUCUGGCUGGUAUUAUAGAUUAUGAUCAUCCGGAUUGUUAUGAGAACAAUAGUCAAGGGACGACACAGUCAAACGUGGAUAUUUGGGAAAAUCUGAGAAGAAAUGGAAGCAGAGAGGACUUUGCAAGAAGGGCUACUCAACUAAUUCAAAGCGUGGAGUUGAGCAUCUGGAAUGCGAGUUUUGCUUCUCCAGGAAAGGGUCAAAUUUCUGAAUUUGAUAUAGUCUAUGAAACCAAGAGGUGCAAUGAGACAAGGGAGAAUGCUUUUCUGGAAGCUGGAAAUAACACCAUGGAUAUCAACUGUGCUGAUGCUUUAAAAGGAACCCUAAGAGAGAGCACUGCAGUUGCCCUUAUCACUUAUCAAUCUCUUGGGGAUAUUCUGAAUGCAUCCUUUUUUAGUAAAAGAAAAGGGAUGCAGGAAGUAAAACUGAACUCUUAUGUUGUGAGCGGCACCAUCGGUUUGAAGGAAAAAAUUUCCCUGUCUGAACCUGUGUUCCUGACUUUUCGCCAUAAUCAGCCUGGUGACAAGAGAACAAAACAUAUCUGUGUCUACUGGGAGGGAUCAGAGGGAGGCCGCUGGUCCACGGAGGGCUGCUCUCAUGUGCACAGCAACGGUUCUUACACCAAAUGCAAGUGCUUCCAUCUGUCCAGCUUUGCCGUCCUCGUGGCUCUUGCCCCCAAGGAGGACCCUGUGCUGACUGUGAUCACCCAGGUGGGGCUGACCAUCUCUCUGCUGUGCCUCUUCCUGGCCAUCCUCACCUUCCUCCUGUGCCGGCCCAUCCAGAACACCAGCACCUCCCUCCAUCUAGAGCUCUCCCUCUGCCUCUUCCUGGCCCACCUCCUGUUCCUGACGGGCAUCAACAGAACUGAGCCUGAGGUGCUGUGCUCCAUCAUUGCAGGGCUGCUGCACUUCCUUUACCUGGCUUGCUUCACCUGGAUGCUCCUGGAAGGGUUGCACCUCUUCCUCACCGUCAGGAACCUCAAGGUGGCCAACUACACCAGCACGGGCAGAUUCAAGAAGAGGUUCAUGUACCCUGUAGGCUACGGGAUCCCAGCUGUGAUUAUUGCUGUGUCAGCAAUAGUUGGACCCCAGAAUUAUGGAACAUUUACUCACUGUUGGCUCAAGCUUGAUAAAGGAUUCAUCUGGAGCUUCAUGGGGCCAGUAGCAGUCAUUAUCUUGAUAAACCUGGUGUUCUACUUCCAAGUUCUGUGGAUUUUGAGAAGCAAACUUUCCUCCCUCAAUAAAGAAGUUUCCACCAUUCAGGACACCAGAGUCAUGACAUUUAAAGCCAUUUCUCAGCUAUUUAUCCUGGGCUGUUCUUGGGGCCUUGGUUUUUUUAUGGUUGAAGAAGUAGGGAAGACGAUUGGAUCAAUCAUUGCAUACUCAUUCACCAUCAUCAACACCCUUCAGGGAGUGUUGCUCUUUGUGGUACACUGUCUCCUUAAUCGCCAGGUUCGAAUGGAAUAUAAAAAGUGGUUUAGUGGGAUGCGGAAAGGGGUAGAAACUGAAAGCACUGAGAUGUCUCGCUCUACUACCCAAACCAAAACGGAAGAAGUGGGGAAGUCCUCAGAAAUCUUUCAUAAAGGAGGCACUGCAUCAUCUGCAGAGUCAACCAAGCAACCGCAGCCACAGGUUCAUCUCGUCUCUGCUGCUUGGCUAAAGAUGAACUGACCUGGCAAAUGCCAUGGCAAUGACCCGGAAGUUACCGCUCCUUUCCGUUUGUCUACGGCGCCCCUGUGGUCACACAUAGAUUGGACAAAUGCCACUAUUUCUAGCUUUCCUGUGAAAAGUCCAGGCUCAUUCACCUAUUUUGGCUUUUUAUGUUCAUAGAAAGAACAAGACAUUUGGGAGAAUUCUUAGAUCCAGAGUCCAGUAGUGUGGCACGUGCAAUGAAGUGUUGGAAGGAUGCAUUUUAAAGAUGGCGGGCGGGAGAAGCGGAUUUUCUUCUUGCAGCUACUGCCACCUUGCCAGAAACUCACUAACUGGCAUCUGGAUUCAGCUCAUAGUUCCCUUUCUGGCCUCUCUGCUGUAUUUUAUGCUCCCAAAGAUCUUACAUUAACACCCCACAUUCACAUAAUUCAACAAUUUUCAUAUGGAUCAGUAUUAAAGAGGGUGUUGCAUUUUGCAAUACAAAAAUGCAUUAUCAGGUGCUGGAGAGGAUGUGGAGAAAUAGGAACACUUUUACACUGUUGGUGGGACUGUAAACUAGUUCAACCAUUGUGGAAGUCAGUGUGGCGAUUCCUCAGGGAUCUAGAACUAGAAAUACCAUUUGACACAGCUAUCCCAUUACUGAGUAUAUACCCAAAGGACUAUAAAUCAUGCUGCUAUAAAGACACAUGCACACAUAUGUUUAUUGUGGCAUUAUUCACAAUAGCAAAGACUUGGAACCAACCCAAAUGUCCAACAAUGAUAGACUGGAUUAAGAAAAUGUGGCACAUAUACACCAUGGAAUACUAUGCAGCCAUAAAAAAUGAUGAGUUCAUGUCCUUUGUAGGGACAUGGAUGAAAUGGGAAAUCAUCAUUCUCAGUAAACUAUCGCAAGAACAAAAAACCAAACACCACAUAUUCUCACUCAUAGGUGGGAAUUGAACAAUGAGAACACAUGGACACGGGGAACAUCACACUCUGGGGACUGUUGUGGGGUGGGGAGAGGGGGGAGGGAUGGCACUGGGAGAUACACCUAAUGCUAGAUGACAAGUUAGCGGGUGCAGCGCACCAGCAUGGCACAUGUAUACAUAUGUAACUAACCUGCACAUUGUGCACGUGUACCCUGAAACUUAAAGUAUAAUAAUAAUAAAUAAAUAAAUAAAUAAAAAACCAAAAACAAAAAUGCAUUAUUAUCCUAGCUUAGGGGUGUAUUGUCACUGCGCAGGCUCUUUUGUCCAAGACACUGACAUUUUCCCCAUUUUCUUUGCCUGAGACUUUUUUAUUUAUUUAUUUAUUUAUUUUUGAGACAGGGUUUUGCUCUGGUUGCCCAGGCUGGAAUGCAGUGACAUGAUCUCUGCUCACCGCAAUCUCUGCUUCCCAAGUUCAAGAGAUUCUCCUGCCUUAGCCUCCCGAGUAGCUGGGAUCACCGGCGCCUGCCACCACGCCCGGCUCAUUUUUUGUAUUUUUAGUAGAGACAGGGUUUCACCAUGUUGGCCACGUUGGUCUUGAACUCCUUGUCUCAGGUAAUCCACCCUCCUUGGCCUCCCAAAGUGCUAGGAUGACAGGUGUGAGCGACCUAGCCCGGCCUGCCUGAGACUUUUGGAACCUACAUGUACACAUGGGUUAAAGAUCAUUUUGUUUUCUUAGUGUCCUCUUGAACGUGUCCCAGUACAAAUGUCUGGAAACAAAAAACGUGAGUCAUUCGGACUCGUUUUUUCGUUUUACCAAGUCUAAUUACUUUUACAAAGUUACUGGUUUUUAGGUAUGUUUUCAGCACAUUAAUAAAUGUGUGGAUGAUUGUUAUGACAGAACAGCUCCAAAAAGAUUUUAAAUGCUAAUGACUGUCAAUGUUAAAAUAAGCAAGAGUCAUCAUCAUUUAUUUGAAGAAAUUUCAAACCAGGCGCGGUGGCUCAUGCCCGUAAUCUCAGCACCUUGGGGGGCUGAGGUAGGAGGAUUAUUUGAGGCCAGGAGUUUGAGACGCCCUGGAAAACAUAGUGAGACCCCAUAUCUACAAAAAAUUUACAAAAUUAGCUAAGCACAGUGGUGCAUUGCUGUACUCCCCGCUACACAGGAGGCUGAGGCGGUAGGAUUGCUUGAGCCCCAGGAAUUCGAGGCUAUAGUGAGCUAUGAUUGCACCACUGCACUCCAGCCUGGGAGGCCGUGGUACUCUGUCUCAAAAAAAAAAAAAAAAGAAAGAAAGAAAGAAAAUCAUGUGAGGUCUUCUUUUGGGGUUGCAGACAAAGGGUUGAGGACUUUUCUGCUUAAUUAAUGCAAAUGUCUCCUCCAUAGAUAUAAACAUAGUAGUGUACAUCCACUCCACCUGCUGGCUUUGAAGUUAUGGGAUUCGUUUGGAAAAGGGAAAAUGAAGGGAUAUUCACAUGGUUGCAAAAUGUGUGCAUGCAGCGCAACUUUUUGUUUUGCAUAAUUUCAAAUGUACACGAAUAAAGGCUUCGUAAAAUGCAA